AUGGACAACGCAAAGGAAUGUCGACUCACACAGGUUCUCUUAAUCGUACUUUACCUUGCCCCAAUCGAUAUCCACAUCGAAAUCCACGGCUCUAUCAUACUUUGCCUUGGCUCUAUCAUAUUUUGUUUUCCCCGAAUCGAUAUCCACUCCCCAAUCGUUUUCCUUCUUGACAAGGUCGACCUCGACUUCAGGAGUGCGAACGAGUUUAUCAGUGCCGAUGCUGACCUCUCGCUUGAAAGUGCCGCGUGGAAGGGCUACGGCCGAGGUCGUGGAGAUGCCAAUGAACAAGAUGAAGAAACUGUUGAACUUCAUAGUGGAAGUGAUUUUGGAGUGUUUAAAAUUGGUAUGACUUUGGGUAGAUUGAUGGCGAUUGAUUGCAACAGAGAUCAAGCGGCAGCCCAGUACUUAAAGUAA